GACGGAUCGGGCAAAGUGAAACCAAUGGAAGCUUGUUUUGUUGGGGCUCCGGAGCCAGUCUGACUCAGCAGACAAAAAAAAGAGGCAAGCAGUGGUGAAGUUCGCUUGCGGAAGAAUUUCCUGCUCGAGGACUCGAGUUGUGCUACGUUGUCGUUUCUUAGCUUUGCAUCUUCAAUACCGCCGUUCAAUGCGCUCGUAACUGCCUCGUGCUCCCACCGAUCCACCAACUUCCUCCGCGUCUGCGCCUCUCCCGCUUCUCGGACUCCUGAGCACCCGGACUCCCGAUCCGAUCCUGCUCUUUCAAUCAACCACUCGUUCGACUUGAGGACCUCACGCGAUGUAUAUCGUGUCGCAGCUCCUGGAAUAUGGAGCUCCGCUUUUUAUCGUUACGUCCCCCGUGACCUCCUAUGCGGACCAGAUCCUCAGUAUACACCGAAGCCGAAGCUCAGCUGGAUUUUCGCUGGAUAUACCGCUGAUUAUGCUUGUUGCGUCGAUCCUGAAGGUCUUUUUCUGGUUCGGCGACUACUAUUCCGUUACACUUCUCGCACAGGCUGUCCUUACGAUCGGGGUGCAAUUUGUGCUGUUGAAGGUAGCCCUGGAUAACCGACCAGCGCCUGGCCAGAAAAGCGGGGUGGCUCAUAUUCCCUUCAGCGGCGCGGAGGACCGGUUCGUAAGGCCGUACGAUUUUUGGCAGUGGAAGCAUGCCCGGCCAUACUAUUUGUUCAUUGCAUACUUCGUCGGAGUCCUCUCUUUUAUUCACAUCUUGACGCCGAUCUCCAACUCCCCGACCUACAUCAAUUUAUUGGGCUAUUUGGGUUUGGCCAUUGAGGCGACAUUACCUCUGCCACAGGUAAUCGCCAAUCAUCAAUCUCGAUCAUGCAAGGGAUUCCGGCUGUCCGUUUGCGCCGCAUGGAUUCUAGGUGACGUGAUGAAACUGAGCUACUUCUUCACCAGUGAGCAAGUAAUCCCAUGGGCCUUUCGGCUGUGCGCCAUCUUCCAAUGUAUCUGCGAUGGCUACCUAGGCGUGCAGUUCUGGAUGUAUGGCUCAAGUUCAGGGAGUGCUGGAAACCCGCAGCAGCGUCUCGAGAGCGAGAUUCCGCUGGAAGAAAAGGACAUCCGAAUGAAUUGAUGAUUAACUGGGAGAUUGGCGCACGAAGCAUGUAGACGGCUGGUCAGCGGUUCACCAGCCACCGAUAGAUAUUUGUUUUCUGUUUUGAAUGUAUUUCCAAGAUUUGGUCCGUGAUAUGCCGAUGGCGCGAGCCUGGAAG